AUGGCGUCAACUUCCAGCUCCGGCCAGAUCUCAGUCGUGAACCCUAAAUUCUGUACAGCUUACCCAGUUGAUAUGACCAUAAAACAGAAGUUCUCCGUCCUAAGUAAAACCAAAUACGCCGUCACCGGCGUUAAUGGGGAUAUCUUGUUUCAGGUGACAGGGAACUUCUUCGGCCUCCAUGUCCGUCGCUACCUCCUUGAUCCCGCCGGAAACACCAUCCUCACUCUUCAGCAAAGUAGUAUGAGCAUGCAUUCAAGAUGGGAAGUUUUCAGGGGAGACAGUACAGAUUAUAAGAAUCUAUUAUUUAGCGUGAAGAGGUCGAAUAUAUUCCAAAUAAAGAGAGAAUAUGAUGUUUUCAUGGCUACCAAUCCAGAGGAAAAUGAUUGCUGUGAUUUCAAAUUCUGUAAAAAAGAGAUCUAUGCUGGAAACUCUAAAAACAUAGUUAUUGCUCAGAUGCACAAUCAAAUUGGUUUUAUAAGUAACAAAUACUCUGUUACUGUUUAUCCUAAUGUUGAUUGUGUCUUUAUAAUUGCACUAGUUGUGAUUUUUCAAGAGAUCCAAUCAAGAACAAGAAGACAUCAUAAUAAUGGAGGAAUGUGA